CCACCCUUGCCAUCUAUUUCCAUGAGCUUGCUAGGAAAUUUGUUCUCUGCCCCCUCUCUAGAAGCCCUCUGCAGCUAGGACAAUUUUUAAUUACUUUUGUACCUCAUGGAGGUGAGGUGAUUGAACCAAAAGCACAUGCUUCUACAAGCCUUCCUUCCACAGGAAACCAGGCUAAAGAAACAGGCAAGGGUUGGUUCUAGGCACCAGAAUGGGUCUGCUGCACCGCAAGUGCGCUGGGCACCUGCUGUCUGUGCUGAUCCUCCUCAAGGCUGCUGGCACCUUGGCCCUGAUGCUCUAAGCCCUGUUGUGGGAAGCUGGAAACCUGAUCAACCUCCCCGAGAAACACAUUGGCUUCUACAACUUCUGCCUGUGGAAUGAGACAGUCGGGGAGCUGCAGUGCUUGAAGUACAAACAUCUGCAGAUGAUGGGCAUCAGCCUUUGAGGAAUGAUGCUGGCCAGGAUUUGUGUGUAUGCCUGCCUGGUCUUCAGCAUCUUCUACUUCAUUUUUGUUGCACACAUGAAGUGCAGAGGAGAGGGCUGGAAGAUGAUCCACCUCCUACUCAUCAUCAAGAUGGUAAUUCUGUCCAGAGGCCUGGGGGUUUUUUUUUUACAAACUUCACAGUGGAUUCACCUCUGUGAUGUAACUGGGGGCUUCCUGGCACUGCCUGGGACUCAGGCGCUGCUACUGCUCCAGAUUCUCACGGUCACUGUCUACCUUGGCUGGGCCAAGCACACACACCCAUGUCAAAGCCCUUAUACUGAGGAGGCUCUGCUCAUUGAUAUUUAACAGGGAAGAAGAUGCAAAAGCUAGGGAUAACCUGAUUUAAAACAGCAACCCCACUACAGCUUUAGUCAUUGGCAGGAAUGUCAUCUUUGGUCCAAAGGCCCACAUCCAGACACGCUGUGGCACGUGGCUGCGUGCAGCACUCCUGCAGCAAACAGGCAGCAGAUGCCACCACCCACAGCACAGCUCAUAAGGCUCCUGGGAACAGCAGUGUGUAAGCACACCCCUCGGCCUGGGGCACAGCGUCACACUAGCAGUGUUUCUGGCCCUCACCCCAAGAGCAGUGAAGGGGACAGAUCAGAACCCACACAGUGGACACAGCCCUCUGGACAUAUCCAGCUUAAAUAUAGGCAGGUAGAGAAGCAAACAGGCUUCCUUUCUUAGAGCUGCCCAAGGAAACUCGGCUGCUUCUCUGCCUCCUGGACUAAUGAGGGAUGCUUUUGAGGCGAUUGUGACUCGAGGAGCUGUGGCUUUGCACUGCAGCACAACAGUGGCAGCCCCAGACCUGCACUGGAAGUACCCUUCAGAAGCAGCAUCUGCACUUCACCUGCUGGAAUAUCUCCAGUUCUUUAGGAUGAAGUGGCUCACAUCCAAUGCCAGCAGCAGCAGAGCACCUGGAGAAUCAGCCUAACAGCUUGCUGAACACCAAACAGCCUUAAGAAGGAGUGUCUCCACAAGAAAGCAAAGGAUUUGGGCCCAGAGCAACAGAUACUACAGAGCUGAGCCUAGCGCUCAGGCAGACUGUAAAAGGGCAGCUUGCUUGCAAAUCCAGUUCAGACCAACAGACAACCCAUGCAAG